AUGUCAACUGCUCGCCCUGCCUCCAUUUCCUCAGCACAGCCUCUUCUUGCGCCCGACACCACAAUGGGGGCCAAGUAUUACAGUUCUCUUGCUCUGAACCUGUACGAUCUAUGGGUUCUCAAGUUAAGCAACUCCUUUGCGUGGGGUUGUCCUACAUCCUCGGUUCUUCAACCAUACUUUACAGGGAAUCUUGGUCGAAAGCACAUGGACGUGGGUGUCGGGACUGGCUAUUUUCCUACUACCGCCCUUGAGCAGUUAGGUCAGGAAGGAUCACCACAGUCAAUCACGCUCGUGGACCUCAAUGAGAACAGUUUGGAGCUAGCCAAGAAGAGAAUUGGCCGUCCAGGUAUCACCCAAACCAUUUUAGCUGAUGCACUUCGGCCUCUGCCUGGCAAUCUGCCCCGUUUUGACUCUAUCUCCAUCUUCUAUCUACUUCAUUGCCUCCCAGGGCCUCCGCGGCACAAAGCAAGCAUUUUCAAGAAUCUCAAGGCCUAUCUCAACGAUGGUGGAGUUCUCUUUGGUGCGACUGUACUCGGGAAGGGAGUUGAGCAUAAUCUAUUUGGGGAACUGAUUAUGGCUGUAUACAAUUGGACAGGCAUUUUUGACAAUCGUCUUGACAGCCAGGAAGCAUUUGUUGGGGUCUUGAAAGAGAACUUUGCCCGGGUGGAAUCGGAAGUUGUCGGCCGAGUUCUGCUUUUCAGAGCAUGGCAACCUCUCUAA